AGCGAGCGAGAGAGUGAAUGGGUGAGUGAGUGAGAGAGUCAGUGGUUUCCGGUCUCAAAUGAAUCAUUAAAAAUGCUCAUAGAUUUUACGUACCCAGUUGCCAUAGGUUUUAAGCAGUGUAUAUGAAUGCGAAGUUGAAUAAAUUGAACGUUUUCUCCUCUUCGCUUACACGAAACAACUGCGCUGAUCGAUUCGCGACGCCCGUUUGGAGGCAACAGAUCAUUAAUACCCUUCGCGCGAUAAUUAUAUUAAUACGUUACUGCUUCCUUUUAGGAGAACUCUGUUAUUCCAGAAUGAAUCUCAAACCCACCGUCGUCGUCGUUGUCUCUCGCAGAAAACACACAACAGUGGAUGCGCUGCCGUCAGUUUUUGAACAUGUCUCUGCUCUCUGCCCGUGUACCCAUCCGAGUGGGGGUGAGGUCUGUGAUAGAAUCUUCUUCCUCGAGUGGCACUGCAUCUGUGACAGUGUCGGACAGGCCGUGUCACGCGUGCGUGACAACUGCAUGCGUUAAUAUGUUUUGAUAGCUUACAUCUAGAACGUGCAACACACUGCUCUGGCUGGGGUGUGUGUGAGGGUGUGUGUGUUACGAAGCCGACAACGAAAACAGCAUGAUGGUUCACAGACGCAUACACACAGGACAGAGUUGAGCGGAGAGUGUUUGAGUGCUUGCUUCUCUCUGUCGUACUCUAUCAACAUGCCUCUGUAUGAUUCAAUUGGGAAUGGGAAGGACUAGGGGGUGGAUGGUAUGCAAUUGGUAGAAGGGGUUAGAGCUUCCUCCCAUUAAUUUCCAGCAAUGCAGUUCUAAGCGUGGUCCACGAUCUCGUUGAGGCAGGCUUUAAUUAUUUACUGGUUUGAUCCCGGAGUUGUGGUUUUCCCCAGUGUCCGAUUCGAUUGCCCAUUCGUGAACGAACCCGUUGUGUAAGUGAGCAUUCGUCGCAUCGUGUUUGAGAGAGCACAUUAUCGCGGAACUCACCACCCCACUACUACGCGGUCCGGAGUUAGAGAAAGCCGUGCGACGAUAACACGAACCACGAAUCACCCCGACACGCCAAAGGGGCUCGUCGGUGCGGUCAGUUUCAAGUUGAACCCGUUCACAGGCGAACGGCAAAACAAUGCGCUGUUGCGAUCGUGUUCCGGUGGCGAUGGUGCGCAGUUUGGCGCUGUGUGGUGUGCUGCUGCUCGCAUUGUCUCACACACCAUUGGUUACGGCAGGCGGAUUGCCCUGCGCCUUGCGGCAGUACCCGAACGGAGCGGUGUGCGUGUGCAAUGCGACGUAUUGUGAUACGCUCGAGUACCGCGAGCCGGCGGAGCUGGGCAGCUUUCUGCUGGUGUCCAGCAGCAGUGGCGGGCUGCGCUUCGCCCAAACCGAGGGCAACUUUUCGCGCACUGCCAAACAGCAGCGGCCGACCCGUGCGGAAGCGGACAUCACGAUCACGCUCGACCCGUUGCGGCGCUACCAGCGGGUGGAAGGUUUCGGUGGCGCGUUUACCGGCGCAGUGUCGCACAAUCUGGGCCGGCUGAAUCCGACGCUGCGCGAAAGCCUGUACAAAGCGUACUACUCGCCGACGCAGGGCAUUGCGUACCGGUUUAUGCGCGUACCGAUCGGUGGCUGUGAUUUUGACCUGGCGCCGUGGGCGUACAACGAGCUGCCGGUGGACGAUGCGGCCCUGUCCAACUUCACCCACCUAGAUGAGCGCGAUCUGGUGAAGGUGGCGCAGAUCAAGGAGCUGAUGAACGUGACGGGCAACGGCGAGAUACGGCUGAUCGGUGCCGCAUGGAGCCCGCCGCCGUGGAUGAAGACGAACAACGAUUGGACGGGCGCCAGCCGGCUGCGGCCCGAGUACUACCAGACGUGGGCCGACUAUCACGUGCGCUAUCUGGAGCUGAUGCGUGCCGCCGGGCUAAACUUUUGGGCCAUCUCGACCGGCAACGAACCGCUGAACGGUGUGAUCGGUUUCCUGUUUGUGCAUUUCAUGAGCCUGGGCUGGAUUGCGCAGGACCAGGGCCGCUGGGUGGGAGAGAACCUCGGCCCGGCGCUCCGCGCUUCCGCCGUCAGCGAGGUGAAGCUGUUCGGGUGCGACGAUCAGCGGUACACGUUCCCGCUGUGGUUCAAGCUGAUGGACGAGGGCCACCCGAACGCGACGCGCUACCUGAACGGGCUGGCCGUCCACUGGUACUGGGACGGUGUGGCGCCGGCCGCCCUGCUCGACCAGACCGCCGCCCGCUAUCCGGACAAGUGGAUCUUCAACACGGAAGCCUCGCUGGGCGACAAGCCACUGCAGCAGCAUCGGCCCAUCCUCGGAUCGUGGGAGCGGGCCGAAUCGUACAUCGUGUACGUGAUGCAGGACCUGCAGCACAGUGUGCACGGAUGGAUCGAUUGGAAUCUGGUGCUCGAUGAGCGCGGCGGUCCGAACUAUGCGGACAACUUUGUCGAGAGUGCGGUGAUUGUGAACGGAACGUCCUGGGAGGAAGCGUACAAGCAGCCGAUAUUCUACGGACUGGGACACUUUUCACGCUUUAUACUGCCCGGCUCGGUGCGGCUGGAGGUGCAAUCGUCCAGCGGCGAUGUGCAGGUCAUUGCAUUUGAGCGGCCCGACAAGCGAACGGUGCUCGUAAUGUACAACCGAGCCAACUGGAAAUCGAGCGUCAACAUAGAGGAUAAGCGGUACGGCAGUGUGCGGGUACGUCUUCCACCCAAAUCGGUACAUACGAUGCUCUACCUAUAAGACUGACUUCUAGUACGAACAGCAAACCAAACCAGUGCUACACCAAACCAUCGUAACCUCGCAGAAUCAAUAGAUGGGAGGAACAAACAACAAACCAAAAGCGAACACACACACACACACAAAACAAUCCCCGAAGAAUAAAUGGAAGCUCGUUAGGAAGCUGAAGGUGCAAAGAAA